AUGCAAUUCUCAACCACCUCCCUCCUUGCGGUCCUCACCGCCGCCUCCUUCACCGCUGCAGAGCAAAUGAAGAUCAACUACUACAGCAACAACGCCUGCAGCGCCUACACUGGCCAAGUGGACGUGACCUGGGCCACCGAGCUCUACGGCGGCGGCAACAACUGCUACAAUUACCACUUCAGCAACUACGCAAACAUUGCCAACUGCUACGAGGACAGCUGCCUCUGCGACUUUUACAGUGGGCAAAACUGCGCGGGCAGCAGCGUCGGCCAGGCCACCGGCUCGGGUAACUGCGUUUACGUGCAGAAUGCUCAGUCCUUUGCUUGCUACUACACUUAA